AUGGAUCACGACACAGAAGUCAUAAUCAAGGAUUUUAAUAGUAUUCUUGAGGAGCUAACCUUCAAUUCGAGGCCCAUCAUUACCACUCUCACGAAGUUAGCAGAAGAAAAUAUUUCAUGUGCCCAAUAUUUUGUUGACUCUAUUGAGAACAGAAUUGAAAAGUGUAUGCCUAAGCAGAAACUAUACGCCUUUUAUGCUUUAGACUCCAUUUGUAAGAACGUUGGCAGCCCAUAUACAAUCUACUUUAGUAGAAAUUUGUUUAAUUUAUACAGGAAAACAUAUUUAUUAGUGGAUAACACCACUAGAACAAAGCUCAUCAAUAUGUUUAAGCUUUGGUUGAAUCCUAAUGACACCGGCAUGCCCCUGUUUGAAGGUUCAGCACUAGAGAAAAUUGAACAAUUCUUAAUAAAGGCCAGCGCUCUACACCAGAAAAAUCUGCAAGCAAUGUUGCCAACUCCAACUGUCCCCCUUCUGUUAAGGGACAUUGACAAAUUAACGUCUUUGACUACUGAAAGGCUGAAGAAUCAGCCAAAUGAUGAAAAAUUGAAAAUGAAGCUCCUGGUUCUGUCCCAACUGAAACAAGAAUUGAAAAGAGAAAAGUUGACUCUCAAUGCUUUGAAACAGGUUCAAAUGCAACUGAGGCAGGUUUUUUCACAGGACCAACAAGUUUUGCAAGAUAGAAUGAGAUAUCACGAGUUUCAGCAGCAGCAGCAGCAGCAGCAGGAACAGCAACAAUAUCACGAAACUAAGGACAAUAUUGGUACCCCCCCUCAAAACUCUAACGCGGCUAUUCCGCUGUUUGGCAAUAAUUCUGAUACGAUGAACCAACAGGGCACUUUAUCUUCGUCCCUCUUCGGCAGUAUUUCUGGCGUCGAAUCCUUUCAAGACAUCGAAAAAAAGAAAUCAGUAAAUAAAAUCAAAAAUCUUUAUGCAUCUCUGCAAUCUGAGGGGCUCAUAUAUACUCCGCCAAAGGACUCCAUUGUAACACUUUAUAAAAAAUUAAAUGGACAUUCAAGCUACUCACUGGAUUCUAACGAAAAACAACUGAUGAAGAACCUGCCAAAGAUUCCUUUAUUGAAUGAUAUUCUUUCCGACUGCAAAGCUUAUUUCGCCACAGUUAACAUUGACGUUUUAAAUAACCCAACCCUGCAGUUAUCCCAACAAACUCUACUUCAAGAAAAUCCGAUCGUCCAAAAUAAUCUUAUUCACUUACUGUACAGAUCAAAACCAAAUAAAUGUAGCGUGUGCGGUAAAAGAUUUGGUAACUCGGAAAGUGAAAAAUUACUACAAAAUGAACAUUUGGACUGGCACUUUAGGAUAAGCACAAGAAUCAAGGGAUCUCAAAAUACAGCAAACACAGGCAUAAGCAGUUCUAAUUCAACUACGACUACCACAAGGAAAAACAUUCAGUCAAGGAACUGGUACUUGAACGAUUCUCAAUGGGUAGCCUUUAAGGAUGAUGAAAUCACCUCUACUAGGCAUAAAAGUGACUACGCUGAUUCUAAUACUAACAAUAAUAGUGAUAACAUAAAUUCAAGUGGUUAUGCUGAUGACAGUAAUGAAAACUCCUUAAAUCCUUCAGGAAAUGAUAAAGAUAAUGAGGUGAAAAUAAGGGAAAAGUAUGUUGUUGUACCUGAAACUUCACAGGACAUGACUUUCACAUGUCCAAUUUGUAAAGAAACAGUCACUGGCGUCUAUGAUGAAGAAUCAGGCGAAUGGAUCUGGAAAAACACCAUUGAAGUCAACGGUAAAUAUUUCCAUUCCACCUGCUACCAUGAAACUUCGCAAAAUUCCAAUAAAACUGUAGAAGGACAGAUUGAUUUGGACGACUUAAAGAAAUUAAUCACUAAAUAA